AUGACCGCCUCCAACGCGAUGUUCUACAGGUCGCCCUCGGCCAUGUCGCCGCCGUCGAAAAACAGGUUCAAGCGGCAGAGCCGGAUCUUCUCUCAGGUCCUGUACCGGACGCUGAGCUACAAGGACCGCAGCUCGGUGGCCGCCGACCCGGCGGAGGGCAAGGACGACCCCUCGGAGCUUUCCACCCAGAUCUCGGCCCCCGGGGUGCUCAAGGUAUUCGGGUGCCACAUCUGCGCGGGCACCCACUACAAGAGCGUCCUGGCGACGGCCAGCUCGAGUGCCCGGGAGCUGGUGAAAGAAGCGCUGGAGCGCUACGGGCUCAGCAAGGUGGACGCCGGGCGCUACGUCCUCUGCGACGUCAUCGGGACGUUUACGGGUUCCGAGAAGCAGUGGCACACCGAAGGGCUGCGGGUCCUGCGAGACAGUGAGAAGCCUCUUCUGAUCCAGGACCUUUGGAAGCCGCGGGAGGGUUUCUCCAGGCGGUUCGAGCUCCGGAAGCGCUCUGAAGUGGAGGAGCUGGCCGCCAAGGACAAAGACACCAUCACGGCAGGUAUCAAUGCCCAGGCCCGAAAACUCCAGCGCAACCGGGCCAAAGGCACCAUGACCCUCUUGACGGCCUGCAAGGGCCACUCCACGCCGCCCACCCUCCGGCGUACGGUCAGCGAGGCCAGCCUCAGCCAGGUGGGCGCGCAGGACGAAGGAGAGGAGGAACACCUGAAAAGGCACUACUCCACCUUGCCCGAGACCCUCCGAUGUCUGGAGACCACGAGUGACGGGCGGCCGGUUCCUGCAGAGGAGCAGAAUUGCCACAGCCUGCGGCAUUCGCUUUACCAGUCUCCACAUCUCCUGCUCCUCCAAGGCUACAGCCAGCAGCAUGACAGUUUGGUUUACUUGUUGAACCGCGAUCAGCACACCGUCGGCCAAAGGACCCAAUCCAGCAAGCCCAGCAUUAGCCUUUCCGCCCCGGACAUCCUCCCCCUCCACUGCACCAUCCGGCGGGUCAAGGUGUCCGUCCGCUCCCGCCACCGCUCUGAAGAGAGGCUUGUCCUUGAGCCGAUCCCAGGGGCCAGCGUCUCCAUCAACUUCUCCGAGGCGGGGCGGACGGCGAUGCUGCAUCAUGGGGACCUCGUCUCCCUCGGCCUCUACUACUUGUUCCUCUACAAGGACCCGUUGAAAACCCAGCCGCUGCCCGCCCAGACCCUGAUGCGGCUCCGAGCCGUGCGCCGGGCCUCGGAGCCGGAGCUGCCUUCGGCCUGCAAGAUGUGUGGCGGCCAGGCCAAGGACAAGGCCGCCGGGCCCAAGAACCAGGGGACGCAGCCGCCCUCCGGCCGCAGGGGGAGCCGGAGGAAGCUGCAGCUGGAGUUCGACAAGGCCAACGAAGACCUGCUGCUGCGGAGAAUCGUCUCGCUCCUGGAGCCCACGGGCGACGACCAUAAGCUGACCCCCGCCUUCCUCCUGUGUCUCUGCAUCCAGCACUCCGCCAGCCGCUUCAAGCCGGGAGACUUCGGUCAGCUGCUGCUCAAGUCGGCGAAGAUGAUCCAGAGAGCCGUGUGGGAGAAAACCAACGAGCUGGCUGAGAAGCAGUCCCAACACCAGGAUCCGGCGUCCCUCUCCCGUUUCACCAUCGCAGACCUGCUGCCGGAUUUGCAGCACGUUCUCUUCUGGAUGUCCAACUCCGUCGAGAUCCUCUACUUCGUCCAGCAGAAGUCCCCGGUUUACAUACAGAACAUGGAAGAGGAACUAGAUAUCAAAGGUUCCAAGGAGUCUCUCUUUUCCCUGACCAUCACUGCCAGUGAAGAAGCCAUGACAGUUCUCGAGGAAGUCAUCAUGUACACCUUUCAGCAGUGCGUCUACUACAUAUCCAAGUCUCUGUACGUCUCUUUGCCCCCGCUGCUGGAAUGCAACCCGUUCCAAAGCGAAGGGCGGGACGGCUGGCUCACCUCCCCGCCGCUGCCCGAGGAAAUCCGCAAAGUGGUACUGAUCUAUCAGGCCACCCUGGAUCUCCUCCACCAGUACGACGUGCACCUGGAAAUCGCCUCCCAGAUGUUCGCCUACCUCUUCUUCUUCUCCAACACCCUGCUCUUCAACCAGCUCAUGGAGAAAGGCUCCUCCCUGGGCUGCUUCCAUUGGUCGAGAGGAGUGAAAGUCCGAGCCACCUUGCGGCUUCUCCUGGAAUGGGCCCAGAGCGUGGGCUUCGGGCAGCUGGCGGACCAGUUCUUCGGCAAGCUCUCCAGCAUGGCAAGCUUGUUGGCCAUGCCGAAUUCCCAGCUGGUGCAGAUGACGUGGCCCAUGCUGAGAGCGGAAUUUCCAGCCCUGUCUGCUGCCCAGCUGCAUCACGUCCUAACCCAAUACCAGUCCUCACCUGACGUGGGGUGCGUCCCUGUCUGGCAGCCUGCCAAGGAAGAUAGUCUUGCCGCCUUCAGGACAGAUGACAUCCUGGAGUCGUUUGACAACCACCCCCCUAUCAUGCUGCCCAGCGGAGGGUUCAAGGUAGACCUGGAAGUAGAGCACCUGGACGACAAUAUAUAUCGCCACCUCCUCUACAUCCGUCACUUCCUGUGGAGCCUGCACAGCAGAAGAAGCCCCCACCCCGGCGACUCGCCCAAGGAUGAAUCCCCGAAGACAGAAGCGAUUGGCUGCCAAACUACCCCUCAGGUGGAGUCGGAGACAGCGGCAGGGCUGCCGGCGGUUGGAAGCUCUUUCGGCCGGGCGAACCGCAGGCGGCCGGUGAGCUGUGCGGAGCCGAGGAUGGAAGGGGGGCUCCCCGCUGUCACGGGCACCAACGGAUCCACCCGGGAUUCCUGCGAGAUACAACUCCCGGAGAGCCUCCAGUUGCUCCAGCUGCAGGGGCCACAGGGGAAGAGCAGUGCUAAGACGGCCCCGGCAGAUCCCUCUUGCCUGAUGACCCCGCCGAACACGCCCCUGACCUUUGACCCGAGUCUCGAGCUGGCCCUGGAGACCGUCCCCGGGAAAGGCACCACAGACCCUCGGCGGAACGGGCUCAACGGCGCCAAGCUCACGGCCGUGGACGGCUCUUCGCCAACCCCGUACGACUUCCCAACGCCCGCUUCUUCCAGUCGCAGCUCAGCCACGGACGAUUUCUGCUACGUCUUCGUGGUGGAGCUGGAAAAGGGACCCAUCGGCUUGGGGAUGGGGCUGAUUGAUGGCCUGCACACCCCCUUGAAUUCUCCCGGGAUCUACAUUCGGACUCUGAUCCAGGACAGCCCCGCAGCGGCCGACGGGAGGCUCUCCAUCGGGGACCGCAUCCUGGCCGUCAACGGCACGAGCCUCAUUGGUUCCGAUUACCAGAGCGCUGUCGACCUCAUCCGAUCAGGGGGAAAGAAACUGCGCUUUCUGGUGGCCAAGUCCGACCUGGAAGUCGCCAAGAAAAUCAGCUACAGUUCUUCACCUUCCCCGUAAAAAAACCCCCGUCUGCUCGAAAGAGCCCCUCCGCGUCCUCCUCCGUCAAGGACGCUGCCUCAAGGACUAGGAAGCCGGCCAGCGGUGUGGGCGGACAACACGCCUGGAACGUGCAGCACCUGGGCACAGCAGGAGGAGGGGCGUGGGGGUGUUUGUGUCUUGGAACCAGAAGCGCGCCAGUGUACGUCUUUGAGCACUUUCCAAGAAGGGGACCGAAAGCGCGACCUUCCGGCAACUCGUCACGAGUGCGCAGGCUUGGAACGAGCCAAGCCAGGUUCCAGCUCAAAUGUGCAAGCUGUCUGUGCCACACAGAGCCCUUUAAAUCCCGGUGUCGCCCUUCCUAUCUCACACCGGCGGCCGGCUACACAAGCCGCUCCUUCUUUGCUCCCCGCACUCUGGACUGUCCUGAAUUUGUUGGAUCUGUCGGGGCCAACGGUCCUGGUGCUAAAGCGAGCGGACUCCAAGGGCGGUUCCGACGGGGAGCUUCCUGCCACUCCUGACUGGAGGCUGGGGCAUCGAACGACGGCUGUG